AAUAUUGCAGUUCCUAUUGGUAUGAAUAAGCUUAUUAAUUUACGUCAUCUUAUUGCUCAUGAGAAAGUGCACUCAGCAAUUGAUAGUGUUGGUAAGUUGACCUGUCUUCAGAAAUUAAUUUUCAAGGUUCAAGAUGCUGAUAGUUUUGAGAUAGGACAACUUCGAGCCAUGAAUGAUCUUGUAAUACUUGGAAUUUCUCAACUCGAAAAUGUGAAAACUAAAAAAGAGGCCAGAAGUGCAAGGUUGAUGGACAAAGAGCACCUCAAAGAGUUGUCAUUGUCAUGGAAUGAUAACAUGAGCUCUGGACCUACUGAAGAGAAUACAAGAUAUGAUGUGCUUGAGGGUCUUGAACCUCAUGGUAAUCUCAAACAUCUGCAAUUAACUGGGUACAGUGGUGCUACAUCCCCAACUUGGUUUGCCAGUAAAGUUACCUCGUUGCAGGUACUUCAUUUAGAGAACUGCACAGAAUGGAGAAUUGUUCAGUAUCUUGAAAUGCUCCCACUGCUUAGGAAGCUGAAGUUGAUCAGGAUGUGGAACUUGGUGGAAGUUUCAAUUCCUUCCUAUUUGGAGGAGUUGGUCUUAGUUAAUAUGCCUAAAUUGGAGAACUGUGUUGGCACGUACGGUAUAGAGUUGACUUCCCGUAUAAGGGUAUUGAUGGUGAAGGAUUGCCCUCAACUAAACGAGUUUGUGCUUUUCCACAGGGAUCAUUUUCAUGCUGAGCAAAAGUCAUGGUUUCCAUCUCUCAACAAACUCAUGAUAGGUCACUGUUACCGCAUAAUAAUGUGGAAAAUCCUUCCUCUAGAAGAAAUGCGAGCGCUCAAGGAGUUGGAGUUAAUGGAUGUGCCUAUUGUCGAAGAAUUGCCAGUUCCUUCUCUGGAAAAGUUGGUGUUAAUUCAAAUGCGGAGCCUGCAAAUUUGCAGUGGGAUAACAGCUUCACCUGUACAAGUUUCGACUUCCCAAGUGGAUCAAAAUGAAUGGAUAUCUAGUCUCCGUGAACUCACUAUCUAUGAUUGCUCCAGUUUGGUAGUGUCCCUUCCUAUUCCGCCCUCUCCUCUUAUGUCUUACUCGUCCAUCAAGAGACUUUCAGCAUUUCCAACAAUGGAGAUAAACAAUAGGAAGUUCACUAUUGAAUCUGACGAGUUGAGUGAACUGGAUGGCAGGAUCUUAUCAUUCCAUAAUCUGAAGGGUGUUACAUCGAUCUACCUUCGAAGGUGUCCAAACUUGACUCGUAUUUCAACUGAAGGUUUCAACCAGCUCAUCACUUUAGAGUGUCUGGUUAUACAAAAGUGUCCUAAUUUGUUCCAGCUACAGAUCUCAGAUCAGGCAAAUAAUACUUCAUCUGCUACAAACAUCCCUGCCCUCCCAUCUCUCAAAUCUCUCACCAUUUCAUCAUGUGGCAUAGCAGAUAAAGUUUCUAUUAACCAAUCAACCUACAGAAAGGGAAGUAACCAGCAGUUUGGCUUCAGCAGAGAUAACCUCAGCAGGGGAUGAACAGCUUCUGCAAAUUCCAUGUAGUCUCCUCCAUUCUCUAAUGUGGCUCUCCAUUUCUGAAUGUCCAGACCUAGAGUUUUGUGGUGGCAGUGGUGGCUUUGCAGGAUUCACCUCUCU